UUGGUAUUUGUUGCCCCAAUCAAACAAUCGCAUUGUAUUGUUGUGGCUUCUCUGAUUUGCGAAACAGAGAACACGUCAUUUCGCUACCUGGACUCGAAAUUUUCUCCUCUUGAGUCAGUAUAAUAACUUCACUUUGAUGCCCAUGCAUCGAUCUAGCUAGUUCUUUAACCCCGCUGUCGUGCUCCUCGAUCUAGGUACUUGAGAAGGUUCUACGAGUUGUGCGUUCCUCGGAAACAAUGGCGGUUGUUCCUUCCCAAGCAGCCGUUCCUUCCCAAGCGGCCGGACCACGACAACAUGCUCCUCCAUCGACUGAGUCCUGCGUUGCGUCCGAGAUUCUAUCCAAACAAACCACAAUGGUCGGAAUCGCCCACGCUACAGAAGCCGCGAGCAUAAUACAGUACAAGGGACCCAGUCAGCUCCUAAGUCGUGCUCUUGAGCAGCACGAUGCUCUGAUAAGCCGCAGGACGGAAAAGCAAAUCCUCUUGUUCCAGCCGGUCUCCCCGAAAGAGUUUCCCUCAUUGUUGGACCAUAUCGGAAACUACCGAAGCAUCCUUAGGCUUGAUUACAACAACGUUAGCCAGUUACUCGUCAUUAAACUCAUGCCUGGUUGGGAUCACGAAUAUGCGACGGGCCUACUCCAGCGCACGAUCAAUAAGCAGCUUGCAACGAUGAAUCUUGAUGAUGAAUGUGUCUCCCUAGGAGCUCCGCUUAUAGCUCUUCGCAAUGGUUCGAAGGAGCCUGACGGUUGUUGGAUUCCCGACUCUACACCCCGGCACCCUACUUGUGUUGUGGAGACUGGGACCUCAGAGUCUGAAGCACGUUUAGCUAUUGAUGCCCAUCGAUGGCUCGAAACAUCUGAAUGUCACAUCCAAAUAGUUAUUACUGUCUGCUUCAAAUAUCUACAAGCAGAGACAGAUGCGAAACCGUUAACAAUCGCCAUUUGGUCACUGGUCCGUCAGCCAUGCAACAUGACGACUCGAAACCCGUAUCCACGCGCCAAGCAGACUACCACACUUAGUGUUUACAGAAGAAACGGUUCGCUGUCAGUUUCAGGGUCUCGGCUAGACCCACUCACGCUGGUCGAAACCGAGACUGACGAAAUCCGUCUCCCUCUCGAAUCACUCAUUGGACGCCCGCCUGUUAAUCCGGGGGAAACGGAUGUGAUCCUGACAAAGGAAGCGGUGCUCAAGUACUUCGAGAAGUUACUACGGAGCCGAACGUCCGAUUAGCAGUAUGAAUAGCUCUCACCCUCUUUUAAUAUAGACAGUACUCGGAUCAAGCUGCUGUGAGCUUGCAGUCUACUCUUUUUAGGGAGAAUUCCGUUGUCUUAAGAAUAGCUGAAAUCAGUACAUCCUGG